UAAAUUUUAGUUUACGCUGAGCUGUGCUGCAGUUUGCAUUUGACUCAUAACUCAUGCAAUUUAUUCGUUAUACUUAUAUGUGUACUAUAGUAAAAUAGAUUUUAAACCAAUUUUGUGUCAUUAAAAUAAAUUAUUUUUUUUUUUAAAUUAUAAUUUCACAAUGAGAUUUAAAAUUGAUCGAGGAUUAAGGAAUAUAUUGAUAUUAAGUUGGGGUUUUAUGUUCACAUUUUCUUCAUUUCAAACAAUGAGUAAUACACAAAAAAAUUUAUUGGACGCAGUUGAGAAAGAUAAACCAAAUUUUACAGGCGAUGGAUAUAUUAGUUUGGCAAUUGUUUUCAUUGUUUUUGGAAUGGCAUUAUUUUUUUCCCCAAUGUAUGGUACAUUAAUAAGUACACAAUUAUCAAUAUUUAUUGGUGCAUUGUGUAAUUUAGUGUUUACUGUAAUAUUUUUUUGGCCAGAAAAAACAUUACUCUAUUUUGGAUCAGCAAUACAAGGUAUUGGAAAUGCAUUAAUGUGGGUUAGUUCAGGUCGUGCACUAACAGAAAAUAGUAAAUCAACAACUAUUUCACGUAAUGCCGGUAUAUUCUGGGCUACUUUUCAAUUAUCAUUAGUUACGGGAAACCUGUUUGUCUACUUCACAUUCAAUGGUAAAACAUUUGAUGAAACAACAAGAAAAACUAUUUUAGUAACACUUACAAUAUUAUCGACAAUUGGUUGUGGAAUUUUUACUGCAUUAAAAAGUCCACCAUUGAUAGAGUCCGAUAAAACUAGUAGUGAUAAAAAUGACAAGAUUGAAAAUGAAGAAAUAAAUGAUUGUUCAUUUAAUUCAUCAUGGCUUAGAAUGAAAAAUGCUGCAUUACUUGUUUUUACACAAAACAUGAUGUUACUUUCGAUUUCUUUUCUCUAUACUGGCCUUGUUAUUGCUUUUUAUACGGGAGUUUAUACAUCAUUGGUAGGCUUCACUGUCAAAUUGGGAGAAAUUCGUAAAAGGCUUGUUAAUUUAACGGGAGUUGCAAUUGGUAUUGGUGCAUCAGUUGGUGCUACAUUUUCAGGAUCAGUUGCGCCGAGAUUUAAAAUUCUUUCCAAUUCUAGUUCGUGUCUUGUUAUUGGAUUUUUGGCGCAGAUUAUUUGCUAUACAAUUACGUAUUUAAAUUUUCCAAAUAAUGCUCCAUUUAAGGAUACUGAGGACAUUGGAGUAAUCACACCUAUGCCGAUUUUGGCUAUAAUUGGAGGUAUUUUUCUUGGCUUUGGUGAUUCUUGUAUCAACAUACAAAUUUACAAUAUACUUGGAACUAUUUAUAAAGAAGACAUUGCACCUGCUUUUGCUUUCUUUUGUUUUUGUCAAUCAAUUGCAGUUACAUUAAGUUUUAUUGGUAGUAAUUAUAUUGGAUUACAUUUGCAAUUGAUGACAUUUAUUGUUGUUGGCAUUGUUGGAAUUGGAUGUUUUAUUUUUGUUAAUUUCAAAACAAUGCCUAUUACCGAUGAAACAACAGUUGUUGAAAAGUAUACUGAAAAAAAUAAUUGUAAGGUAUGAUUGUGUUUUAUAAGUUGUAAAUCUGAUUUUUAAGAAAAAAAAGAAAAAAAAACAAA